AUGGGAACCAACAAUGUUAUACCCCGUAUACGGUGCAAUCGCCAGGUGCCAUGCUCCAAUUGCGUGACCUCUAGUAUUCCCUGCCACGCCGUAGGACACUCAAAGUCGGCAGGGACGAAGCGGACCGUCUCGGACAGGCCUCUGCCUCCUGCGCCCACCAAGACAACAACAAUCCUGAACUAG